UUCUCUAAAAAGUAUCUUCUGGGUUUAUCUACAGCUGCUGAAACGCAGUUUAUGUUCAUUUAAAACAGGAAAUAAAGCGUUUCUCUGCAUUUCCCCUUUACCUUUAAAUUACAUUUUUAAGUAAGACCUGAUGAUUGUCCUCUUCAGCAAGUCCUGGGGACAUGCUGGACAGGUCAAUCAGCCACCUCACCAGGUGUGCUGGAGCAGAGAAACCUAAAACGUGCAGAAAAGUGUCCUUCGGGGACCAGGGUGGCCUUAAAGUCAACCCCGCUGCACUUUGCCAGCAUCUCUCUAUAUAUAUACUGGUAUAAACUGAUACUAUAAAGAGCCUGUGGCUUUCUAGGUUUUCUCAGAGUUGAAUGAUGCUGAUUCUCCUCCCUAAACCAGAGGCUCCCCCAGGAGGUUCUCGGAUGGGUCGUCAUGCAUGUUUGCUUAUAUUUAAGAUGCAGAUUUUCUGCAUUCACAUUUUGAAUUAACUGGAAAAUUUAGUCAAUAUUGCACAAUUCUGAGAGCUCCAAGGAUGUCCUUUUUAUCUUCAUAGGCUUAAAAGUUAGAAGAAGCAUUCCUGGAGUCAAACCUUGCGGAUCUUGCAGCCAUGACUUGUGUGCACAACCAGUAUGGAUCUCCUCUCAGUGAGAACAUUAGCAGCCCAGAGCUCCAGGGCUCAGACUUCAUCUCAUGGCUGACUGUGGACCCCAGCAGCCCCCGGGACCACCUCUCUGCUCCAUCCCUGCCAAGCAUCAGCUCCAUGGUGGACACACCUGCAGGAGAUAUCGAGGCGUAUUCAUGCCGGUUUACAACGGCACCUGCUCACAUCAGCCCCGCUGCAGGCCAGGAGGGCCACUUCUCCCAGAAUGACCCCCAGGUUUACGGCUGUUACACAGUUCCUUUCAUGCUGAGUUAUCCUGACGAGGGUAGUGGGUCAGACUAUUUUGGCAGCCCUGCAUCAGCCUCGUCUCCUUCGACGCCUGGGUACCAGAGUCAGCAUGUUUCUAACUGGGAUUCAGCCUUUGGACAGUACUCACCCCCUGCUGGAUUCUGGAUGUCUGAGGACACCUCAGCAGCUUGUGGACAGUCUUUUUUCACGUUUCCUUCAGGGUCUUCGGAGGACAUGUCUCAUUUGGGGCAGUCGCUUUUGCAAGAGCAGGAACAUUUUUCCGUGGCUCAUCCUCACCCAUCCGGGUUGACCUAUCCCACCAUGGGGAUGGAGGAGGCACGGAGCUUUGGCAGCAUUCAGCAGCUGGAUGGGAGCUCGUCGCUCAGACUCAAAGGUAGAAACGAGGGCAGCUGUGCCGUGUGUGGUGACCACGCUUCCUGUCAGCACUACGGGGUUCGCACCUGUGAGGGGUGCAAAGGGUUCUUCAAGCGUACAGUCCAGAAAAACUCCAAAUAUGUUUGCCUUGCCAACAAAGACUGCCCGGUGGACAAGAAGAGGAGAAAUCGAUGCCAGUUCUGCCGUUUUCAGAAGUGUCUUGCAGUGGGCAUGGUCAAGGAAGUCGUGAGGACAGACAGCCUGAAAGGACGAAGAGGUCGUCUUCCUUCCAAGCCUAAAGCCGUUCCAGAUGCGACGAUCCCACCUGCUCCUGUCAGCCUGAUCACUUCCCUUGUGAGGGCCCACGUUGAGUCCAACCCAGGCAGCUCAUCCCUGGAUUAUUCUCAGUAUGCUGAGGAUGAAUACAGGCUGGAUCAGAAGGAAGAUGCCAGAGACGUCAGACAGUUUUACAACCUCCUCACAACCUCCUUGGAGGUCAUACGGAAGUGGGCAAAGGACAUUCCCAGCUUCUCUGACUUCUCCUCUGAGGACCAGGAGCUGCUCCUGGAGUCGGCGUUAGUUGAACUCUUCAUCCUGCGUCUUGCAUAUCGGUCCGAUCCCGUGAUGAAGAAGCUGAUCUUCUGCGAUGGGACUGUUCUUCAUAAAUCACAGUGCGUUCGAGGCUUUGGAGAAUGGAUCGACUCCAUCUUGGAGUUCUCUCAGAGUCUUCGUCGCAUGAAGCUGAGCGACUACUCCUUCGCCUGCCUCACAGCUCUGGUCAUGAUCACCGAUCGACACGGUCUCAAGGACCCAAAACACGUGGAGGACUUUCAGAACCAGCUCAUCGCCUGCCUCAAAGACCACGUGUCCACGUGUAGCGUGGCGUGCGCUCAGCCCAACUACCUGUCCAGGCUCCUCGGGAAGCUGCCCGAGCUCAGGACUCUGUGCACGCAGGGCCUGCAGCGCCUCAUCUGCCUGAAACUGGAGGAUCUCGUUCCUCCGCCUCUGAUUGUGGAAAAGAUCUUAAUGAACACGUCAUAGUGUGGAGGCGGAUCUGCAAAGUGGAGCAUCUGUGAAAAAAUAAAAUAAAAUUGGAGCUUACUCGGAGAUAACAGGCCGAGUACUCAAACUCCAGACAUUGAAGUGAAGCCAAGCUGUGAUUUAAAAGGAAACGUCUUCCGGAACUCUGGAUCACGUGUGGCUCCGGCGUGCUUACGCUGGUGACCUUUUGGGGAGACUGUAAUGAGGAGAAGGCUUUGGAGAGACCCUCUCGUGGACCUCGCUGGGACUGUUUACAUUCAACAACAUUAGGGAAGAGUGUUCUUCUCACCCACAAUGUGACUUUUUCUCCCGCAGCUCGGUCGGUGAAUGACUCAUUAUUCUAGUUCAGCUGUUAAAAGCAACAAACAGUUUAACAAACUGAUCCAUUCUUCAUCACGUGGGUCAGAAUCCACCUGCUGCCACCUCCGUGGUUUGGGGAUAGUGAAGGUGUGUAUUCAGCGGUAUCGUUCAUGUUUCAUGAAUCGGCACUGAGCCGCUAACACACUGUAUCAUCCAGCUCAGUCUCGCGCGCCGGUCCUGUCUGUAGAUAACUGCUAAACCUGUCAGGUGAACUGUAUCCAUCUAUGGGACUUUUUUGCUGUGCGACUGUUAUUUUUACUUACUAAAAGAAAACCGCCAAACUUGAAAUAAAAGCAGAAUUUCAAA